AUGGCAACACCAGAUCAUUGUCUCUUUUGUUUCGAAGUUCUAACUGCUUAUCAUGAACAACGUCCUGCGAUAACCUUGGAAAAGGUACGACAAUUAUGGGCAUGUUAUCCAAAAGGUCUCGAACUUUACAGUUCUGAAGAAGAGGAAGAAGAUGAUGAAAAAGAAGUUCCCUCUCAAGCCGCCAAUUCACGUAACAAUUCUACCAUCAAUACGAAUCCAAAUCCAAAUAUAAAUCCAAACCCAAACAUUAAUCCGGCACGUCACCCCAUUAUUCAACGUAUCGCACGAUCCACCUCAGGAACCAGUACUCCAUCCUCCAGUACCAGUACCUCUUCUGCAAGAAACUCCACCUCAACCACUGGCACCACCCCAUCUAGCUCCACCACAUCUUUCACCCCCAUCGGCAUCGAUCCCACACCACGGAACACAACCCAAUACGCCACCUCCGGUCCCCUCGCCGACUGGUCCUCCCCUCUCUUCGUGACCUGGAAUACUAUCUCCAGCACCUCACAUUCACAUCAGAAUUCCCCCACCCUCCGCGGUUGCAUCGGGACUUUCUCCUCCGAACCCAUCAUCACCUCACUCCCCGAAUACGCCCUCACAUCCGCUCUACACGACACACGCUUUUCGCCCAUUACUCUAGAAGAAUUACCCACGCUCGAAGUCGCCGUUACGUUGCUAACCGAUUUCGAAACGUGUAGUCAUCCGCUCGAGUGGGAAAUUGGGGUACAUGGUAUACGCAUUACGUUUUAUCAUAAGAAUAAGAGAUAUGGAGCGUGUUAUCUACCAGAUGUGGCGGUAGAACAGGAUUGGGGAGGAGAAGAGACGGUGGUGAGUGCGAUGAGGAAGGCGGGGUGGGGAGGAAGAAGAGAGAAGUGGAGAGAGGUGGGUCAGUUGACGGUGGUGAGGUUUCAGGGGAGAAAGGAAAGUGUGAGUUGGAAGGAAUUUAAUGAGUGGAGGAGUUGGGUUCAGAUGUUGAUAGAUGCUAAGGCGGAGAAGGAUAAAAAAGCUGCUGCUGCGGCAGGGAGAUAA